AAGUGUCGUGCAUGCAUUUUUGCAUCUUUCACUUUCUCUCUCUACAUCGCUCUUUCUCUCUCCAUUUCUCCAUAUAUUUAUAUUUCUCUCUGAGGCUUUGCAUGCACACGCUUCUUUCCAAAACUCGAUCGCCGAUUGGACUCGCCGGUGGCCGGCGGUGUUCGACGCCUUGCUGAUCCGAGGAUUUCUGCCCCGCCGCCAUUCUUCGAUCAAAUCUCGGGAGUUCGAGGACUCGGAAGAUGGCUUGAAAGUUUGUAGUGGCGUGUUCGUGCUCUGAUUUACAGACGGAGGGAGUGGUUCGGGAUAUAGCUGUGGGGUUAGCUUCGUUUCUACGGUUUUUCGUGCGUUAUUGAGUUUAUGAAUGGCAUCGAAAACUUGCGCGAACGUGUCGUGCCCCGGGGCGUCGUCGGGGUCGACGAUCGAGUGGAGAAAAGGUUGGGCUUUGCGAUCUGGUGAUUUCGCCAUUCUCUGCGAUAAGUGCGGGUCUGCUUUUGAGCAACUAGUUUUCUGUGACAUGUUUCACUCAAAGGACUCUGGUUGGAGGAAAUGUACUGCAUGUAGCAAGCGUCUCCAUUGUGGAUGCAUUGCUUCCAGGUCUCUGCUUGAGCUACUUGAUAGUGGUGGCGUAAAUUGUAUUAACUGCAUAAGAAGUUCAGGACCUCACCCUAUGACAGGUGAUGAAAAGGCUAAUGAAAGUGGUGCAAUGACAGUGGAUAAUGUGGGUGAAAUUUGUUGCACUUCUGUGGACAAUCAAUUAGAUGGUGGUAGUGUUGAGAAGAUGAAGCUUACACAGUUGGGGAAUGAUACAUCAGGUGAUGGACUGAAAAACUUUCUUCAAUCUGGAAAUGACAACAUAAAUGGGUCUCUUGGCCAAAUGAAACAGGAGGAAGUUUUGCCACCUCAGGGAGAAACUGGUAGUACAUGUUUGUCAAAUUUAAAUCAAGCAUCCAUCGGAUCUUCCAUACAUGCCAAACUAGAUAUUUGUAAAGCAAACAUGAUGGUCAAAGAUAUACAUGAGUCUCUGGUUCAGACAAAUUUGAGUAUCACCUUGGGUGCUCCUUCAGGAAAUCCAAAUGUGUUUCCUAGUGCAGUCGUUGAAGAAAGGGAACAACACAAAACAUCCACUCCCAUCCAACAGGGGCCUAGGUCUCGCCAUCUUUUGCCCAAGCCCCCAAGGUCAGCACUUUCUCCUGUUUUGGAAACAAAUACAGGUAUAGUUCCACAAAUACGUGUUGCAAGGCCACCUGCAGAGGGACGGGGUCGGAAUCAGUUGCUUCCUCGUUAUUGGCCGAGGAUCACAGACCAGGAAUUGCAGCAAAUAUCUGGAGACUCAAAUUCCACCAUCGUACCAUUAUUUGAAAAGAUGCUAAGUGCCAGUGAUGCUGGUCGUAUUGGUCGUUUAGUGCUCCCAAAAGCAUGUGCUGAAGCAUAUUUUCCUCCUAUCUCUCAACCAGAGGGCCUUCCUUUAAGGAUUCAGGAUGUGAAGGGGAAAGAAUGGGUGUUCCAAUUCAGGUUUUGGCCCAAUAAUAACAGCAGGAUGUAUGUUUUAGAGGGUGUGACCCCAUGCAUACAGUCAAUGCAGUUACAAGCUGGAGAUACUGUAACAUUCAGCCGUAUGGAUCCAGAAGGAAAACUUGUUAUGGGGUUCCGGAAAGCAUCUAACUCCGUUUCCAUGCAGGACACCCAACUAUCUGCCAUUCCUAAUGGCGCUCAUUCAAGUGAAACUUUCUUUUCGGGUGUUAUUGAGAACCAACCUAUAAUAAGUGGUUACUCUGGCAUUCUUCAGUCGCUGAAGGGAAGCACAGAUCCCCAUCUAAAUGCAUUGUCAAAACAUUUGAAUUCAGCUAGUGGGGAUAUUGGCUGGCAUAAAACAGAGAAGCAUGGAGGCAAGACAAGAGAGGGCUUGCUGCUUCCAUCAAUGCUGGUACCAGAGAAGAAGAGAACUCGAACAAUUGGGUCCAAAAGUAAGAGAUUGCUAAUCGAUGGCCAAGAUGCUCUGGAGCUGAGGCUUACAUGGGAAGAGGCACAGUCUUUGCUCCGCCCACCCCCAAGUAUCAAGCCAGUCAUUGACGUGAUUGAGGACUACGAAUUUGAGGCAUACACUGAACCCCCUGUUUUUGGAAAGAGGAGUAUUUUCACAACCCUCCCAUCUGGGGGAGAGGAGCAAUGGGUUCAGUGUGAUAGUUGCUCUAAAUGGCGAAAGGUGCCCCAUGAUUAUCUUGUUCCAUGUCAGUGGACGUGUGCUGAAAAUUUGUGGGAUCAAAGCAGGUGUUCAUGUUCUGCCCCAGAUGAGUUGAGCCCUAGGGAACUCGAACAUAUUCUCAGACAAUAUAAGGAUUUCAGAAAACGUCGAAUUGCAGCAGUUCAUAGGCCUGCACAGGAGCAUGAACCUUCCGGCCUAGAUGCUCUGGCCAAUGCUGCAGCCCUUGGAGAUGACAUGAGCGACCCAGCCGCUACAUCAGUAGCAACCACUACCAAACACCCGAGGCAUCGCCCAGGCUGCUCAUGCAUUGUGUGUAUCCAGCCCCCCAGUGGGAAGGGCAAGCACAAGCCCACCUGCACAUGCAAUGUAUGUAUGACAGUUAAACGUCGUUUUAAAACACUAAUGAUGCGGAAAAAAAAGCGCCAAUCAGAGCGUGAAGCAGAGAUUGCCCAGAUAAAUCACAACAUCUGGGGCCCUAAGGAUGAAGCAGAAGUGGACAGCACCUCAAGACUUGCCACUCCAAAUCCUGACCCUUCGGAGAGUGAAGCUGGGUUGGCAAACGAGUCAGAAUCUAGGAGCCAAAGCAACAAUCUGUCCAACAAGUUGAGUGAAACUGGCAAGGGAAAAAUAGACUUGAAUUGCCAUCCUGACCGUGAGGAGGACUUGCAAGUGGGAUCAAACCGAGUGAGCAUGAUGAGUCUUCUACAAGUGGCAAGUCUUCCUUUGGAAACAUAUCUGAAGCAGAAUGGUCUCAAAAGCUUGGCCGAGCAACAAGGCAGCUCAGGAUCACAUGUGCCACCACCACAAGCUACUGGAGAGAGUGAAGGACCACUAAAUGAGGAUCAUUGUAUUACUGCUCCUGCAGUUUCAGAGCGAGAGAAUGGGGGAGAUGAGGAGCACUCUGGACAAGAUCAAAGCAAAAAUGAUGCUUAAUUCGUGAGCUCCUCUUCCCUUUCUACCUUUUUCACUCUCCUGGUAAGAACAACACCUUUCUCUAUAAAUUACAUACUUAUCUCUCCGUUUUUCUCUUGUGGCCUGGUAUUGCUUGUACCAAUGGUUGGAGAGGGUGCUUGAGGUUUUUAUUUGUCAUAUAAUAUGCGUCAUAGAAAAAGAGGAUGUAUGCAUGGAUUUUAGACUCUUAACAUGCCAGAAAUCAUCAUUUGUAACAAAGAAAUUGGAUUUGCUUUUCAUAAUCUUUAGGCCAACAGUUUAUUCUCUUUUCUAA